CGCAAAAUAUUCUUCAUAUUCAGUGUGUCAUGGUCAGACAUGGCCGCGAUACACAACGGUUUUACCCCGACCAUCCCCGUCAAACUUUACGUGGCUCAUUUGAACUUUGCUUAAAUCCGUGACUGGUGCCACCUCACUGAGGCACACAUUGUUUCAACUUUGAGCAAUAACGAGGUUCCGGAAUCUGGAAGGGCGAAACCCCUCUCAUUAGUGCAUAAGAUAUGACUUUAUCACGGGAAGCAGACCCGAUUCUUCAGAGGUCAGAGGACUACGCAUUCUAUGAUUAGCCUCUCAUCUUUCCCAACCUUGUACCCCUCCGAGGGAGGCCCGGGCCGUCAUUCGAUUCGGAAAUGCAUAUGCACGGUAUAAGAAGACAAUCGGGUUGCAAUGACGCAGGCUAUCAUUUAUCUUUAUCUCUCCAUCUCUCUUAUAGACAAUGUCCUUUGGAAAACUUGUUGAGCUGAACACAGGUGCAACCAUCCCCGAGAUCGGUCUCGGCACCUGGCUCUCUAAACCAAACGAAGUCGAGAGUGCUGUCGAGAUUGCUGUCCGCAAUGGUUACCGUCACCUUGAUCUUGCUAGGAUCUACCGGAAUCAGGAUGAGGUCGGACGUGCAUUGAAGAAAGUCAUACCAUCCGUCGUUACUCGCGAGCAGCUUUUCAUCACCUCAAAACUCUGGAACUGCUCGCACCAGCAAGGACCAGCAGAAGCAGAGCUUGACGAGACACUGGAGCAGCUUGGACUCACCUACCUCGAUCUCUAUCUUGUACACUGGCCUGUCGCAUUCGAGCCUGGAAAUGGUCUUGCUCCCGCACAUCCGACCAAGGAAGGAGAGGUACACUUAGACCUUAAGACCUCCCUUGUCGACACCUGGAAAACGAUGAUCAAGCUGAAGGAAACUGGCAAGGUCAAAGCUAUUGGUGUUUCCAACUUCACGAUUGAGCACAUUAAAGGCUUAAUUGACGCUACCGGCAUCGUUCCUGCUGUUAACCAAAUUGAGGCUCACCCUCUACUUCCUCAGGAUGACCUCGUUGCAUACUGCAAGCAGGUAGGCGUCCACAUCACCGCUUACAGCCCGCUCGGCAACAACUUCGUUGGCAAGCCCAUGCUUACCGAAAAUGCUGCAGUGAAAGAAGUCGCCGAGAAACUUGGCGCAACCCCUGCCCAGGUUCUCGUUGCUUGGGGCACUUACCGGGGCUACUCUGUUAUCCCCAAGUCUGUGCAAGAGGGCCGAAUCAUCUCGAACUUCAAGCAGGUUACACUCAGCAAGGGGGACUACGAAAAAGUUACAGCGAUUGGAGUGGGCAACUUCGAGCGCUUCAACAUUCCUAUUCGCUUUCAACCCAAGUGGGACAUCGGACUCUUUAAUGAGGAACUUGAGAAGAUCGCUACCAACCAGGUCAAAAUUGCAUAGAGGAAGAAGGAAAGAAACCAGUAUAUUUGUUGCCAAGCAUGUCAGCCUAUGUCAGCUCAAGCAAUUUCAUGAACGUGAUACAC